CACGCUCGGCCGCUCUGAUUGGCCAGCGUCGGUGGGCGUGGCCAAGCGAGAGCGACUUCCGAAUCCGAUUGCAGAGAGGAGUCUGAGCGUCGCCUGCGUCUCCCUCCUCGGCCCCUCCCCCAGCCAGGUGACCUUAUUAUCCCAAUAGAGCCCAAUGCCUGUCCAGCCCCUUCCGAAGGAGAUGGAGGCCGAAGGAGACUCAGCGGCCGAGAUGAACGGGGAAGACGAGAGCGAGGAUGACCGCAGCGGCAGCCAGUCCGAAUCGGAAGAGGAGAGCUCAGAGAUGGAUGAGGAAGACUAUGAGCGCCGUCGGCUGGAAUGCCUGGAAGAGAUGCUGCACUUGGAGAAGCAGUUUUCUCAGCUUAAAGAAACGCUUUUCAAGGAGCGUCUGAGCCAAAUGAAGGCCAAGCUGGAGGAUGUGAUGUCGGGCAAAGCAGUUGAAUACCUCAACCCUUUGGGGGUCCUGCAGAACCAGUUGCAGAUUCGGAUUGAAGUGGCCGGGAUUUACCGAGGUUUCUGCCUGGAGGUGAUCCACCAUAAACAUCAGUGCGAGGUGCAGGGAGCACAGCAGCACCUGGAGAGCGAGAAGCUGCUGCUGUUUGACAGCCUCCAGGAACGUCUUCUGGAACGGAUCCAGCGCUUGGAGGAAGACAGGCACAGCGUUGGCCUCACUUCAGAAUGGUGGGAUAACAAGCUUCGGCCAAAGCACAGCGCCAAGGAAUGGGACCCUCUCCGGCCUGGCAAGAGGAAGAAGCCACCACUGGUGUCGGGGCCAUACAUUGUCUACAUGUUGCACGAUAUGGACAUCAUGGAGGACUGGACAGCCAUCAAAAAGGCUAAAGCUGCCGUGUCUCCCCCGAAGCGGAAACUAGAAGGCCCAGUGAAGACUGAGAAGCUGCCAUCUCCAACCCUGUUCUCUGCGCACUGCGAAGAUGGCUACCUCCACUAUGAAGGUGAAACCUUCGUCAAAGGGCAGAGCAUCACCUUAUGCGUUGGGGAAGAAGCACCCAUCCAGGCAGUGAUCACGGCGAUCAGCACUGGAGAAGUUUGGCUCCGCAAGGAGGACGGCACCAAGACCAAAAUCUACGUGUCCCAACUCCAGAAGGGCAAGUAUUCAGUACACAAGGCCUAGCAACCCACACGACGGAGAGGCCACGGACUUUGGUUCUCCCUGCUUCUCCUGGGACCAGCACAGCCGUGAUCCAUUUUGGAAACGGAAGGGCCCUGUUGUAACAGAUUGGAGGCCAUGUCCCAGGAGCCAAAAGGAGAAGUGCUUGCCAGGCUGAAUAGUUUUGCCGUUACCUCGAGAUGUUAGCAGCCUCCUGUGGAGUCAACAAAAGGCACACCGUUUGUUCCUGUUCAAGUUUGGAUUGUUCUUGCCCGGUGUGUCUUUUUCAUCUGCUUUGAAGGAGGAAAUGCGUGUCAGUAAGGAUUCGGUGGUUGCGGGCAGUUCUUUUUACUGGAACGGGUCAAUUAACUGGUCAGAUUAAAAAGAAGUGAAAUCCCA